CAUCUUUUAUUGAAUCCAGAGUGGUUAGGAGAGACCUAACCAGCUAGCUACAGAGGCCCUCGCUUUCUUACUUUAUUGGAAUCGAUGGGAUUUGACAAAUUACACUCAAACUUUCUGCUUAUAAUAUCGGGGGAUGCAAAGUCGUUCGAACGGUCAUAGUAAAACUCGGAUUUCAUUUUAUUACUCUGGACGAAGUUCAUUGAACGGAUUUCUCGGAAUCUGAUAUUUUUCUUAACAUACAUACAUAUAUAUACUUAUUAUCUAAUUUGGUAUUUCCACUGUGCACAAUCAAGUCGUAUUAUGCCUUUAUUCAUCGCUUGUCUAUGAAUGGGGAAUAUUGAUUGAUUGCAGCCGGAGUAAGAAUCAAGGAGUAGAGGAACUUACGGACUUUUGUGCAACAAGUGCCCUGACUCCAGGCUUUUUAUUCGUGAUAACGAGCUUUGAUACGGGAGAAAUCAGCGGCCUGUCUGCACCGUGGACUGCAACACGUCCAAGGGGACCGAGGUCAUCGAAGGAGAACAAGAUGUUUGGGCCAUUGACAUGAACUCCCCCGUAUUACUGAUAUGGACUUUCCUGUCGAUUCUGGUCUCUGCCCUCGGAACUUACUCCUUCAUCCAGCCCAUCUGGAUCGUCACUCCAAAUCAGACCGGAAGUUUCGGGCUAAUCAGCACGUGCGUCACGGUUCUAGACGUCGUCAGUCAGGACUUUGGAAAGCAACGUUGUGAGUUCUAUGGCGGAUAUUUCAACCUGGGCAGUCUCCCGUCCGGGGCGUGGCAGGCGUCGUGCACUCUUUUUGGUGGCGGAUGUAUAUUGCUGUGCUGCGGUGCGUUCCUGGCGGUGUGUACGUCAUGCAUUCCUAACGACGCCGUCAAAUCCGUCACUGUCAUGGCGGGCUACGUGCAGUUCAUCGCAGUGCUGGUGAUGAUUGCCGGUCUUUUCAUUUAUCCUUUGGGAUUCAAUUCCAAGUUCAUCCGGAAACAUUGCGGGGGCGGAUCCAGUAUGUACAAUAGUGACCAGUGUGAGGUGGGCUGGGGCCUCGUUCUGGCGGUGGUGGGGACAGCUCUGGCAAUGUUUUGUCCUGUCCUGUCUCAUUAUACAGACAUGCAAACCACGGAUCUUCUCUGAUGCCAAGCAUCUUUGUUGUAUAGUACUUCAUUAUGCAUUUACCACCAUAUUAUGUAAUGUAUGUGUGUUUACUUGUUAGAUUGCAUUAAAUGUGGGGGCAUUGAUUGCUAGCUGUGGUUGAGUUAGUUCGGUACAGAUUUUAUAUGAUAUUCAAAUAAACGACAAAGAACUGCAACGACCCCACU